AUGAUUAAUAUGUCAAAUAAGUAUGUUUCAGAAUUCAAUUUUCAUGUUUGACAACGCUACUGACAAUUACCAAUCGUAGCCAAGAAGAUUUGAAACAAUUAAUCAAUGAAUUUAUCAACAUACUCCAAGAGCUAUACUUCCAAAAUAAUAGAAAACAAGACAAACAAGAAUUAGUUUUAAAACCAAAUAGUAUUUCAAGAAUUAACACCUUCAAAUAUGAAGCCAGUGUUUCUUUUACCAGUUCCAGGUCAGAAACUUCAUCAUUAUCAGGAACUGAAUCUUCAAUUACUCAAAAUUCAUUAGUAAAUUUACUUCAAAAUGAUACGAAAAAGAAAGCUAAUAAUGAUAAUGACUUACUAGAAAUGGAAAAAAUUGCAAAUAAAAACAAAGAUGGUAAAUAUAUGGAUUUUUAUAAGAUUCUUAUUGUUAAUGGUGAAACUAAAAGAGAAUGUUUAUUAUGUCGUAAACAAUUUGCAACUACAAAGUUUUUCAAUCGUCAUUACGGUAGACAACACAUAAAGAAAAAGAAAUGA